CUCACCUUUCUUCACCGUCUGCCACUCGUGCGUCGCCACGAAGGUGCUUUCGUUUUUCUCGGCCCCGCCGAAGAUCGCGAGCGACAGAGACCGUAGGUUUGCGUCGCGCUCGCUGGAGAAAUAAAUUCCCGAAUCGACAGAAACGGGGGGGUUCGCCACACUCGUCGCCUUCGCUGAGGAGACCCUGGCAACGUCGCACGCCACAUCCGGCCAAUCGGCGCGCGGAACGUACUCUGAGCGCGCGAGGCGACUACGCGAGUACGCCACUCGGCUUAUUUGCUACGCGUUCGGCCAGCACGUGCGACUCCCGCGGUACCUCCGCGCAGUAAUCGGUCGGUUGCGCGCGCGCGCGGCGUCUCUCCAGCCUCUCCAUCACCGCGUACGGCGUCACGCACACGUCCACCGUCGGUCCCCGAGAACACACUGGUCACGCUUAGCCCCGAGAAUCCGCUGAUAUCGGACCGAUCGCCAUGGCGGAAGAGUAUCUCUACGGAAUCACCCUCGAGGGACUGAACGCCAGCGAGGUAUGGGACCCCGAACACAAGAAUGACGAUCUCGACGGCACGAACCAGCACAUGGGCGCCGAUCAGAAGCUCAUCAUCAAAAUGGCGCUCUUGGGACCAGAAGCCAAGCCUGGAGAGCUCAAUGUGCUGCAGGUUGAGGCGAUGGGAUUGAAGGGACCCAUCAAAACGCCAAUUGCUUUGUUAGAAAUGGGAAAAACGGCGCAAAUCAUUCUUGAUCUUAGUUUCCCAGACCCUCCUGUCACGUUUACAUUGGUUAAUGGCAGCGGGCCUGUUCAUAUAGUUGGGCAUAAUCUCCUUGGUACUCACAUCGAAGAGUUUGACGAUAUAGAUGAUGAUAUGGAGGAGGAAAAUAUUGAUGACGAGGAGGAUGAGAAGGCUCCGCAAAUGAAACGAAAGCUUUCCGCAGAGGACCCUGAUGACGAGGACGAUGAAGAUGACGAACCUAAGAAGAAGAAUGCCAAAUUGACAACUGCAGCCAAAUACAAAAAUCAGGCUAACAAGAACAAGAAAAAAUAAACAUGAGCCUUAAAAUUAUGGAAAUACAAUAAACUCUUAAGUUAGGAUAUUAAACUUAAGUCCGUCAUUAUCAUCUGUGCAUUUGUGCGAAUCUAGUAUCAUUUCACGAGGGUCUUGCCCCUUUUUAACUCAUCAUUUCAUUAUCAAACGACAAACGUUGCCUUCCACUUUUUGAGAAACACAACUGGACCCACGAGAUUUUACUGAGAUUAUUAUAGCGUGAUUUUCAGCGAUUUAUCACAUCUUGGUAAUUCUCUCACAAAGAAAGAAAAAAAAGGAUGACAUUGCGUUAUGUCGAGAAACAUUUAUUUGCACUUUGACGGAUGUAUAGAAUAAGAGCACUUUUUGCUGUGGUUAGUCUAAUGCUUUUUUCCUUCUUCAAAGCAGGACUUGUUACAUUUAUUGCAUGUAACUUGAGUAUCUGCGUCAAACUACUGGAAAUGCAUAUUCAACUUUUUUUCGUAACCUCCUCGCUUAUCUCCAGAAAGUAUUUUCUAAUCACGUUCAAGUGUAUGGGGAAACAUUUUUAAAUACAAUGCACGACAAUAGUUUGUUUCUUUUUCUGAACUAAAAGUUCAAAUUUAAUUUCACUACAUUAACCGCGAUACAAAUUGUGUGAGCGCACGUUUUCUGCGAAAGCAGCGCUUGGACAAUUUUCUGGCCCAGUUGUUGUUACUGUGAAAUCAGUGGAAAGCCAAUGAACGGAUAUACAGUCAUACGUUUUACGUUCUCUCUCUCUCUCUCUCUCUCUCUCUCUCUCUCUCUCUCUCUCUCCUCCGAGAUCGUGUUCAUAUCGACGCACUUCCAGAGAUGCGAAAAAAAAUAUAUUAUUCUAACGUAGCCGUAUAAACACGAUUUGAAAAUAGUCUCCUAUAAGAAAAUGGCGCGAUAAAGGCUCCUUUGUAACUAAUUAUUUUCGUGUGUACAAGAUGGGGGAAAGGAUUAAUAGUCGUUCGGAGAGAUUUCUCUACUCCGGAAUCUUACUUGUGUCUGUAAAAAAAGAUAUCAACAUUAUGCAAAGAGGAAGCAUAUACAUAUGUCAUCUCUCAACAUUCAUUCCAUUUGAUGAAAGGUAAUAGAAAUGGGGGUUACAGGUGUACCGGGUAAAAGAAAUGUUCUUACAUUGAUGUCAGCACGCGACUGCAGCACGCGAAACGUGCUAUGAGACACGCGUACGGAUCCGAGUAGCUUGUACACCUAGUAGUCUGUACACCUAUUUUGUACAUAUACGAUACAAUAAAAAAUUUCACAACUUUUAAUCCGUA